CGCAGUUUCGUGGUCAAUCUCUCGGUCAUAUGAAACCCAAACUCCGAGCCACAGACCAAGGCACCUCCCCUCUGCGCGAAGAAUCAGAUAGUUCAUUUUUCUUGGCAGAAAAUUUACAGAUUUCGAUUCCCUCCAUAAAUGCAAAUACCCAGAUGGAGAAACGUCUUGCUCCUCAAGAAUUCAUUGGUUUCAUCAACUUCUGCAGCUACCCGUUUCGCUUCAUUCCAUUCUACUCCUGCUUCGUGUGAGAAGUGGAAGAACAAAUGGACCUUUGAUGUAAAAAGCAGUCAACAACCAACAAAGAGUUACAUCAGAUACGAAACACGUCAGAAGCGUGCGGAUGCAAAGAAGGCCUUGAAAAACCUCCUCUUCAACAGUGGGUCCUCUAAAGGUUUAUUUCAUGACAUUCAGAAUGAAGAUUUUUCGGGUAGCUCUCCUAAGAAACAUAGAUCAAGAUCUUCUCGACAUGCUGAGAAAUCGCAACAAAAGAAAAUGAAAAGGAAGUUUAAAAGAGAGAGUUUCUCUGAAGACUAUGACAAUGAUCCUGAGAAAAUCUUUCGGGCGACAUUUGGAAAGAAAUGGUACACCUGGUCUUUUAACUCACGACGUGACUCUUCUUACCAAGAUUCAGAAUCUGGAUUUGAGUGGAGAGAGCAAUCGAGCUGGAAAAGUAGAAGUAAAAGAUGGGAGAAUAGUAGUGACACAGAAUCUGAUGACAAAUCACGUACUAUAGGAUCAUUUUCUGAUAGAACAAUUCUCGGUCUGCCUCGGACAGGUCCUUUAAAGACCGAAGAUGUUAAAAAAGCUUUCCAUUUAUCAGCUUUAAAAUGGCAUCCUGACAAGCAUCAAGGCACUUCACAGGAAAUCGCCGAAGAGAAAUUUAAACUUUGUCUUAAUGCCUACAAAUCUCUGUGCAAUGCAUUAUCCCCGGCCUAAGCCACGGCCUCAGCUCAGAAGGUUCCGGUUGUGUGCAUUCACGAUUCGAAAUGUGCAUCAAGUGGAAUUGUGUUGAAUCUAUUGACAAAUUUAGAAAGAAAGCAAAAAAGGACAAUCUCAAGAAGUUUCACUAGAAAUCUCAGCACCCAGUCAUUAUUAUGUCUGUCGAAUGUUCACUUGGGUGGGUUUAUCAUCCUUUUCAAAUACAAAUUCCAAUUCAAACAACGGAUUUUCUAUGAUGCUAGAAAGUAUAUUCUGAAUUUUUUAACCGUUAGAUUUUUAGUUGGAAACACAAAUAAGAAUUUGACCAUG